AAGAAGAGAGAGACCCUGGGAGAGCUGAGCUGAGCUGAGCUUCAUUCUUCAAUUACUUUCCCUCAUCUCAAUGGCCACGAAAACUUCCACAAGUGUUCGUCAGGGUGCUUCUGCUGCUAUGCCUCAACAAGUGUUCAUGGUGGGUAACAGCAAGGCAUUGGAAGAAAUCAAGGACAAGCUCACCAACUCGUCAAAAAAAAGAGAUGUCAUCUCCAUCCAUAGGAAUGGGAGGUAUUGGGAAGACAACUUUAGCAAAAAAAAUAUACGAAGAUGAAUGCAUCAAGUCUCAUUUUAACAUUCGUGCAUGGAUUACUGUGUCUCAAUCUUAUUCCUUGGAUGAUUUGCUCCAAAUGCUGCUCCUCCAAUCAAAUGAAGCUUCUUCUCAAACAGAAGGACAAUCUGCAGGAACCUCCCAACUUAAGGAUAAAGUCCGUAAGUGGUUGCUGACAAGCGAGAGGUAUCUAAUUGCAAUAGAUGACAUAUGGAGCACACAAGUUUGGGACAAUUUGCAGACAUGCUUCCCAUUGGAGAGAAAUGAGAGUCGAGUAUUGUUAACGACUCGACUCACAUAUGUGGCUACUUAUGCUAGUUCCGGUGGUCUCCCAUUUAGCAUGUCUACUCUAAGCAAAGAAGAAAGUUGGGAUCUAUUUUGCAAAAAAGUAUUUGCAAAAGAAUCUUGUCUUCCUUCUAUUGAAUUUGAGAAAAUUGGGAGAGAUAUUGUGAUCAAAUGCAAAGGAUUACCACUCUCAAUUAUGGUGAUUGCUGGGAUUCUAUCCAAAGCUGAAAUGAAGGUGGAAGAUUGGAAAUAUGUUGCCAAAGAUGUUGUAGCAUUAUCAUCAACUUUAUAUGAGGAGCAAAAUUGUGAAAAAAUACUUUUAUUGAGUUACAAUCACUUGCCUGAAAAUUUGAAGACUUGCUUCUUAUAUUUAGGAGUAUUUCCAGAAGAUUAUGAAAUUUCAGUUACAAGUUUAGUUGGAUAUUGGGUGGCUGAUAAAUUUGUAGAAGAUGAGGCUUUGGUGGCAAACAACCACGAAGAAGUGGCAUGGCAAAAGUUGCAAGAUCUUAUUGAUAGAAAUUUAAUUUUGGUUGAAAAAAGGGGACGAACUGGAAGAAUAAAGACGUGUAAGAUCCAUGAUCUUACGCGAGAGAUGUGCUUGAGACUAGCUAAAGGUAAAAAUAUAUUGUAUGUUAUUUAUGACAAGUUUCAAAUUGGUGAAGAAGAAGAAAAUGGCAAUUUUUGGGUAAGCCUACAAUCAAAUCCUGAAUACUACCCUCAUAGUAGUCCUUAUUUUGAUUGUAAGACACUCCAGAAAUGCCAUUCCUUUCUUGCUAUAUUUCCAUUUAAAUAUAGAUCCAGAUCGCAUAGAGGAAGUCAGAUCCUUACCAAUUACUUGUUGACAGCAACAUCAAUUCAAGUACUUGACCUCCUUCCACUUUAUUUUCCCUAUUUGUCAAAAUCUUUUUCGGGAAAUAACUUAAGUCAGUUGAGGUAUCUAGCUUUGUACAUUGGAAACUUUCAGCGUUUCUACUUGAUUUUAAGCAACUUGAAAAAUUUACAAACGUUGAUUCUGCAAACUGCACAAGUUGAUUAUGUAGCAUACUUAACCCUUCCAGAGACACCACCGUUAAGGCAGAUUCGCAUUUUGAAUGGCUCAUUUCAUUUUAAAGAUGAUGAAGAGAAUUUGAUAUUGAAGAAUCUAACAACGCUUUUGUGGUUAAGUGACUUUUGUUGCAAAAAUGAAGCGUUGAUGGUGAGGAUUCCAAAUUUAAAGAAAUUGGGGAUAAAAUAUGAAGAUUCGAAAUACUCGGAGAGUAAGCAUCCUAUUGACUUGGGCCAUUUGGAACAACUCGAACACAUCAAGUUUUAUGGAUAUGGAUCGAAAAAGAAAAAUUGGCUAGUUAAUAUUCCACAACCAUAUGAUUUUCCACCGAAGCUCAAGAAACUGAAAUUUUCUAAGACUUGGAUGAAAUUGGAGAUCAUGACCAUCCUUGGAAGCCUACCGAACCUUGAAACUCUCCAACUAGAUUACGGUGCCUUUGAUGAUUCAGAGACCGAGUGGGAACUAGUUGAAGAGGGGUUUUCAAAAUUGAAAGUGUUAGUCUUCAAUGAUCAAACUCUUUGUAGAUGGAUAGAUUGCUAUUUCUCUUUCCCACGCCUUGAGUGUCUGGUGCUAAAGAGUUGCCCUAGCUUGGAAUCACUCCCUUAUGAGUGCCUCUCUGGAUGUCCAUGCCUUAAGCUCAUUGAUUUGGAAGGCUGUUAUAGUGAUGGUGUUUUAGAGUCUGCAAUCAAAAUUCGAGAAGAAUUAGGAGAUGGGCAGCUCAAAGUUCAUCCCGAAAGCUGUUGUAGUGAUGAAAGUGACGGAGAUGCAAAGCUCGAGGAAUUGAAAUUAUUAGUACGUAGAUUGCAAUCUGACGAACUUAGCUGAGAUUGAAGAGAAUGGAAACAUCACAUGUUCUUCUACCACUUUGAAGGUAACUUUGAUAACUACACCGAAGCAAUCACCCAUACAUACCUCUAAGCUCCCCUGCCACCUACUCUCCUAAAACAAAUCCUAAGCUCUGUCAAUUUUGUUGCACGUUAUUUUAACUUUUUCUUAAUUAGCAAAUUGUGCUUUCAUUUUGAGCUGAAAAAUUGUUCCCUUCAAACCUGGGAGUGCUUCCCAAUAAGUAAAGGGACAAUGUUAGUUUAUUAUUAUUGUUGCUGCUUUAAUUUUAUGGAAGUUAUGUAUUGAGUUUGUAUGGAUUAUUGAAUAGUGAAUCACAGCUGGUAUAUUUGAUAAAAUUUAUACGUGUUUAUUAAAUUAUUAGUUCUUGGGAUUA